AAGGAGGCCCACUUCAAAGCGCACCCGGACUGGAAGUGGUGCAACAAGGACCGGAAGAAGUCCACCUCCGACCUGAAGCCCCUGGGGCCCGGGGGAUGCGCCAAGGAGAUGCGGGAGCGCAGCAUGUCCGAGACAGGAGGCGCCGCCCUCCCUGGAGGUCCCUCUGAGAUGCAGGUGCUGCUGGGGCCGGAGGGCAAGGCUGGCCUGGCAGGGGCCGAGGGCCGUGGGGAGCGCAUCCUGCCCACCACGGGGACCGGGAGUCAGCGCCCGCGCGCCUUCUCCCACAGCGGGGUCCACGGCAUGGAGAGCGAAUGGGAGAGCCAGGUAUGGGGCCAUUUUUGGGGAUGAAGUGUUGGGGGUCCG